GCAACUGUCAGCAACGGAAAAUGGAGGCAAAUUUCAUUUUCUUUCUCCACUGCCUCACAACUUUUCUUCUCUCACUCACGGAGAUACAGACAGUGUGUUCUCAGUUCUGAAUUUCUCGUUUGAGGAUUAUGGAGCAGAAGCAGAAGAUAUUAGCUCAAUUCAAAGGCCAAUCCAGGCUCCCCAACUUCGCAAUUCCAAACCGCUACGAUCUUCAUCUCAACACCGAUCUCUCUGCCUCUACUUUCUCAGGAAUCGUACAGAUUACUCUCGCUAUUCUCAAUGAUACCAAGUUCAUCGUCUUGAACGCGUUGGAGCUCGACGUUCAUGGAGUUUCCUACUCCAACUCCAACGCUCAGAGUUAUAGGCCUUCUCAGGUUAUUCUGGAUGAAGAAGACGAGAUACUCGUUUUGGUGUUUGACGAUGUGCUUGGCGUUGGGGAAGGAAUUUUGGAGAUCGAGUUUUCUGCUCCUCUCAACAGGCAUCUAAAGGGGUUUUACAAAUGCACUUAUGUUGAUGGAGGUGUGAAGAAGAAUAUGGCUGUUACUCAGUUUGAAGCAGUGGAUGCACGGCGGUGUUUUCCAUGUUGGGAUGAACCUGCCCUGAAGGCGAGCUUCAAAAUUUCAUUAGAUAUACCAAAAGAGUUGAUGGCACUAUCCAACAUGCCUGUUUUGGAUGAAAAGCUCAAUGGGGACAUUAAGACCGUUUCUUUUGAGGAAUCUCCAAAUAUGUCAACCUAUUUGGUGGCUUUUGUGGUUGGUUUGUUUGAUUAUAUUGAAGACACCACGGCAGAAGGGAUAAAGGUUCGUGUAUAUUGUCCUUUGGGAAAGAGUGAGCAAGGGAGAUUUUCCCUAAAUAUUGCUGUCAAGGUCCUCGAUUAUUUUACCAAGUACUUCUCAAUGAGCUAUCCUCUUCCUAAACUGGAUAUGGUUGCUGUUCCUGAAUUUGGUGGUGGGGCUAUGGAGAAUAAUGGUUUGAUCGUAUAUCGUGAAAAUUUAUUGCUCUAUGAUGAGUUACAUUCUAGUGCUGAAAACAAGCAGAUACUCGCUAUAUGUGUGGCACAUGAAGUUGCACACCAUUGGUUCGGAAAUUUGGUCACUUUGGCCUGGUGGAGUGAUUUAUGGCUAAACGAGGGGUUUGCUACAUGGAUAAGCUACAUGGCAAUUGACACAUUCUUUCCUGAGUGGAAAAUGUGGACACAAUUUCUCCAACAGACUGCUAGAGGCCUAGUUAUUGAUGCAUUGGAAGAAUCUCAUCCAAUUGAAAUGGAGAUACACCCUGCUCGUUCAAUUGAUGACAAAUUUGAUGCUAUAAGCUAUAAGAAAGGAUCUACAAUAAUUCAGAUGUUACAGAUAUACCUUGGCGAUGACAACUUUCAAAAAGCUUUGAGUGAGUACAUAAAGAGAUACGCUUGGAAAAAUGCGAAAACAGAUGAUUUAUGGGCUGUCAUUUCCGAGGAAUCUGGUACACAAAUAAACUUAAUGAUGGACACCUGGACGAAACAGAUGGGGUAUCCUGUUAUCUAUGUGAAGUCCAGUGAUAAUACACUGGAAUUUGAGCAGUCACAUUUCUUGUUGUCUGGGCAGCAUUCUGAUAGCCAAUGGAUCAUUCCAAUCACUUUUUCACUUGGUUCAUACAACAAACACAAAAACUUCCUUCUGGAAACGAAGUUUCAUGUGGUUGAUAUAUCAAAAGAUUUUGCUGGAACAAUACCAAACACAGGGGAUGGAAAUUUUUGGAUCAAAGUGAACACAAGCCAGAGUGGUUUUUAUAGGGUAAAAUAUGAUGAUAAGCUUGAAUCUCAAUUGAGGAAGGCAAUAGAAAACAGCAUACUGUCGGAUACAGACAAGUUUGGAAUCUUAGAUGAUGCAUAUGCACUUUGUCAAGCUGGUCAUCAAUCAUUAUCAUCCGUGCUUUCGUUAAUUGAUGUGUACAGGAAAGAGCUUGACUACAUUGUGACUUCAAGGCUCAUUUAUGUCUGUAAUGGGAUCGUGAACAUUGCAACUGAAGCCAUUCCUGAUUUUGUUUUUGAAUUGAAACAGUUUUUCAUCAAUGUCCUCCAAUUCUCUGCCACAAAAUUAGGAUGGGAGGCAAUACCUGGUGAGGACCAUUCAAGUGCUAUACUGAGAGGGAAAAUUUACGGGGCACUAGUCUCAUUUGAUGAUGAUAAAACUCACGAUGAAGCAAUGCAGCGUUUUCAAGCUUAUGUGAGAGAUAGAAAGACGACUCUUUUUUCAGCUGACACAAAGAAGGCUGUUUAUUUGGCUGUCAUGAGGAAAGCCACCGUUUCUAGUAGGAAUGGAUUUGAAUCCAUGUUACAACUCUACAGAGAAGCUGAAACAGCUGAAGGCAAAGAAGAAAUUUUGCGGAUUUUAGCUGCUUGUCCAGACCCAGAUUUACUUGUGGAAGCACUGGAUUUUUUUAUGUCAGAGGAGGUUCGAGAGCAAGACGUUAUCUAUGGGCUUUCAGGAAUAAGCUUUGAGGGUCGUCACAGGGCAUGGGAAUGGUUUAAGGAGAACUGGGAGCCCAUCUUUAACAAAUAUGGUCAUAUUUUGUUAACCAACUUCGUCCGUGACAUUAUCACUCCGUUUUGCAGCAAUGAGGAAGCAGACGAAAUAGAAGCGUUUUUUGCAACCCACCCACACGAAAUGGUUGCUAUGGAUCUGAAGCAAAGCCUUGAGCAAGUUCGCAUCAAAGCGAGGUGGGUUGAAUUCAUUAGGCAAGAUCAUUCUCUACCUGACCUCAUUAGUAAACUUGCUGCCUAAACUCAUCUUGAACUAUCUACCCAGUAAUCAGAUCAUACUCAUAUGAAAAAUUCAAACAAAGGACUGAAAUAAUAGUGCAUACUUUCCAAAUAUACAGUAUAGAAUUAUACACUGAACUUAAAGCUGUGGGAGUAUGGAACUGUUGACAUGUAAAUAGAAAUAAAGUAACCGUCAACUGUAUAAAUCCUGAUGUAUCUCUGCAGUGAUAGUGAUAGUUUGAUGGACAUGCAUAUAGGUAAAAGUUUCAAAUGUAUCCUUCUAUCUCUUAUAUUUUCAUGAUAUAUAUAUAUACGAACGUAUUGUUUACUCA